AUGAGGGUGCUUUUCCUAGCACUUACUGUGGCCCUUGCGGCGUGUCACCAGGUCAACUUUGCUCCUCUGUUUGCGACUGGAAAGACCUAUGUCUACAAAUAUGAGGCCUUUGUUAUGGGCGGCCUGCCUGAGGAGGGUCUGGCACGGGCCGGUGUGAAAGUUCGUAGCAAAGUUUUGAUCAGUGCAGCCGAUGCCGACACCUACAUGCUGAAGCUUGUGGACCCAGAAAUCUCUGAGUACAGUGGCAUCUGGCCUAAAGAUGCUUUCAUCCCAGCUACCAAACUAACUUCAGCCCUGGCUGCUCAGCUCUUGACACCCAUCAAGUUUGAGUAUGCUAACGGUGUUGUUGGGAAACUGUUUGCUCCGGCUGGCAUCUCCGCAACUGUGCUGAAUGUCUACAGAGGAAUCCUCAACAUCUUCCAGCUGAACAUCAAGAAGACUCAAAAUGUCUAUGAGCUGCAAGAGGCUGGAGUACAGGGUGUGUGCAAGACCCACUAUGUCAUCAGUGAGGACACAAAGGCUGACCGCAUCCUGUUGACCAAGACUAAGGACCUGAACCAGUGCCAGGAGAGAAUCAUGAAGGACAUCGGCUUGGCUUACACAGAGAGAUGCGUUGAGUGUGAGGCUAGACGAAAGGCCCUGAAGGGAGCCGCUGCUUUGAACUACAUCAUCAAGCCAGCAGCCGCCGGUCCUCUGAUCUUGGAGGCAACUGCCACAGAGCUCAUCCAGUUUUCGCCUAUCAACAUCUUGAAUGGUGCUGCCCAGAUGGAGGCUAAGCAAAUCCUGACCUUCCUGGAGAUUGAGAAGACCCCAUUGGAGCCCAUCAGAGCUGAAUAUCUUCACCGUGGAUCCCUGCAGUACGAAUUUGGCAGCGAGCUUCUCCAGACACCCAUUCAGCUUCUGAGGAUCAGCAAUGCCGAAGCUCAGAUUGUUGAGAUUCUGAACCACCUGGUGACUUUCAACGUGGCCAAGGUCCACGAAGAUGCCCCUCUGAAGUUCAUGGAGCUCAUCCAGCUGCUGCGUGUGACAAGAUUUGAGAGUAUCGAGGCCCUCUGGACUCAGUACAGAGCUAGAGCCGAUCACAGACACUGGAUCCUGAAUGCUGUCCCUGCCAUUGGUACUCACGCUGCUCUGAGGUUCCUAAAGGAGAGGUUCCUUGCUGGGGAGCUGACUACUGCUGAAGCCGCUCAAGGGCUGCUGGCAUCUGUUCACAUGGUGACAGCUGACCUCGAGGCUAUCAGGAUUGCAGAGGCCCUGGCUUUGAACCCCAAGGUCCAAGAAAAUCCAAUUCUGCGUGAGAUUACCAUGCUGGGAUACGGCACCCUGGUUUCUAAAUAUUGUGUUGAGGACCCAACCUGCCCCGCUGAGCUAUUGAGGCCCAUCCAUGAACUUGCUGUCGAGGCUGUUAACCGUGGUGAAACUGAGGAGCUCAUUAUGACUCUCAAAGUGUUAGGUAAUGCUGGACAUCCUGCCAGCCUGAAGCCAAUCAUGAAGCUUCUGCCUGGCUUUGGAACUGCUGCUGCUGGUCUGCCACUCAGAGUUCACAUUGAGGCUGUUCUGGCCCUGAGGAACAUUGCUAAGAGGGAGCCCAAGAUGAUCCAGGAAGUGGCUGUUCAGCUGUUCAUGAACAAGGCUCUCCACCCAGAACUCCGUAUGGUUGCUGCAAUUGUGUUGUUUGAGACCAAGCUGCCCAUGGGUCUGGUAACUACUCUUGCCGAUGCCCUCUUGAAGAAAAAUCUGCAGGUUGCUAGCUUUGUCUACUCCUACAUGAAGGCUAUGACCAAGAACACCGCUCCUGACUUUGCCUCUGUUGCUUCUGCCUGCAACGUUGCUAUGAAGCUCCUCAGUCCCAAAUUCGACAGGCUCAGCUAUCGCUUCAGCAGAUCUCUCUAUCUCGAUACCUACCAGGACCCUUGGAUGGUGGGUGCUGCUGCCAGCGCCUUCUAUGUCAACGAUGCUGCAACUCUUUUGCCAAGAGCCAUUGUGGCCAAAGCUCGCACCUACCUGGCAGGAGCUUAUGCUGAAGUUCUUGAGAUUGGAGUGAGAACUGAGGGAAUACAGGAGGCCCUUCUGAAAACUGGCGCGGCUCCUGAGAAUGCAGACAGGAUGGCCAAGAUGAAACAAGUUAUGAAGGCUCUUUCUGAGUGGAGGGCUCACCCUUCCAGCCAGCCCCUGGCCUCUGUGUAUGUGAAAUUCUUUGGACAGGAAGUUGCAUUUGCCAACAUUGACAAAGCCAUUGUUGAUCGUGUUAUUGAGCUUGCAAGUGGACCAGCAAUUCACACUUAUGGCAAGCAGGCUUUGGAUGGUCUGCUGGCUGGUUUUGCGUUGCAUUACGCUAAACCAUUGCUUGUUGCUGAGGUUCGUCGCAUCCUUCCCACCACCGUUGGUCUGCCCAUGGAGAUCAGUUUCUAUACUGCUGCUGUGGCUGCUGCAUCACUUGAAUUUGAUGCCACUGUUACACCACCUCUGCCUGUCAAAUAUCAUCCUGCCCAGCUUCUGAAGUCUGACAUUAACAUAAGGGCUGCCAUUACCCCAAGUGUUUCCAUGCAUACCUACGCAGUGAUGGGAGUGAACACUGCUUUCAUCCAGGCUACUCUGUUGUCAAGAGCCAGAGUUCACACCAUUCUUCCUGCAAAGAUAGAAGCAAGAAUUGACAUGAUUAAGGGCAACUUAAAGCUUCAGUUCCUUCCUGUUCGGGGCGUCGAUAAAAUUGCAUCUGCACUUGUUGAGACUUUUGCCAUUGCAAGAAAUGUGGAAGACCUUGCAGCUGCCAGAAUCACACCAAUGAUUCCAGCUGCAGUUGAGGCACAGGUGUCAAGGGAGACCUUCUCCUCAAAGAUUUCAAGUAUGGCAUCCUCUCUGGUUGGCGGCAUGUCAACAUCAUCUGAAAUCCUUCCCGUUGACCGGCCAAGUGAAAUUGCCAGCAAACUCCCCAAGGCCUUCGAGAAGAAAAUGUGUGCUGAAAUCCAAACCUUUGGUAUCAAGGCAUGCACUGAGAUUGAAUCUCGCAACGCCGCCUUCAUCAGAAACUGUCCACUCUAUGCGAUGAUUGGAAAACAUGCCGUCUUGGUUGAGGUUACUCCAGCUGCCGGACCAGGCAUCGAGAUGAUUGAAAUUGAGGUUCAGGUUGGAGAAAAAGCAGCAGAGAAGAUCAUGAAAGUGAUUAACAUGAGUGAAGAAGAGGAACUUCUCGAGGACAAGAACGUCCUGAUGAAACUCCAGAAAAUCCUGGUUCCCGGUCUGAAGAACAGCAUGGCAGCUUCAUCCAGCUCAAGCAGCUCUCGCUCCUCUUCCUCUGUAUCAUCCAAGUCCUCCUCCAGCUCCUCCUCUCGGCGUAAUAGCAAGGCUCCAAACAGCAGCUCCUCCAGCUCACGCUCUUCCAGCUCCUCCUUGUCCAGCUCCCUGUCCAAGCAACAACUGUAUGAAAUGAAGUUUAUCAAGAACCACAUCCACCAGCAUGCCCUCUCCACAGAACGUGCCAACAGCAAGAGCAGUGCCUACAGCUUUGAGACCAUCUACAAUAAGGCCAAGUACCUCGCAAAUGCUGUCACUCCUGCUGUGACCAUUCUAAUACGUGCUGUGAGAGUCGACCACAAGGUUCAGGGAUACCAGAUUGCAGCUUACAUUGACAAAGCUACUGCAAGACUGCAGGUCAUUUUUGCCAACCUGGCCGUGAGUGACCACUGGAGAAUCUGUGCCGAUGGUGUGAUGCUGAGCAACCACAAACUGAUGGCUAAGGUUGCCUGGGGCAUUGAGUGCAAACAAUACCAGACUGAGAUCACAGCUGAGACUGGUGUUGUGGGUAAAGAGCCUGCAGUCCGCGUCAAGGUUACCUGGGACAAACUUCCAAAGAGUGUGAAGCGCUAUGAAAAAGAGGUCUCUGAGUUGAUUUCCCGCAUCGCCAAGGAAUACGGAAUAAGCCAGGCAAAGGGCAAAAAUGAUAGUAAUCAGAUCAAACUGUCUGUGGCUAUUGCUUCUGAGAGAAGCCUGAAUAUCGUUCUGGAGACACCAAAGAGGACAAUGUACAAACUUGCCGUGGCUCUCCCUGUUUAUCUGUCAAUCGGAGACACUGCCGCAGAGCUGGAACCAUACCAGAACAACUUGGCCGACAAGAUCUCCUACAUGUUCACCAAGGCUAGUGCAGCUGAGUGUGCCAUGGUCAAAGACACGCUGAUCACAUUCAACAACAGGAAAUACAAGAAUGAGAUGCCCCACUCUUGCUUCCAGGUUUUGGCUCAGGAUUGCACCCCAGAACUUAAAUUCAUUGUUCUGCUGAAGAGGGAUCAAACACAGGAACUGAACCAGAUCAAUGUCAAGAUCGCAGACCUUGAUGUGGAGCUUUAUCCCAAGGAUAGUGUUAUCAUGGUCAAGGUUAACGGUGUAGAAAUCCCCAUCAGCAACCUGCCAUAUCAGCAUCCCGCAGGCCAAAUUCAGAUUAGACAGAGAGGUGAGGGCAUCGCUCUCCAUGCUCCCAGCCAUGGUCUCCAGGAGGUCUACCUUGAUAUGAAUGCAGUGAAGGUUAAAGUUGUGGACUGGAUGAGAGGACAGACUUGUGGACUUUGUGGAAAGGCUGACGGCGAAAUCAGACAGGAGUACCGCACACCCAACGAACGGCUGACCAAGAACGCAGUCAGCUACGCUCAUUCCUGGGUUCUGCCUGGAAAGAGCUGCCGUGAUGCCUCUGAAUGUUACAUGAAGCUUGAAUCUGUGAAGCUGGAGAAGCAGGUAGUCCUCCAUGGCCAAGAGUCCAAAUGCUACUCGGUUGAGCCUGUGCUGCGCUGCUUGCCCGGCUGCAUGCCAGUGAGGACCACCCCUGUCACUGUUGGCUACCACUGCCUGCCCAUUGAUUCUAACCUGAGCCGCUCUGCAGGUCUAAGCAGCAUCUAUGAGAAGAGCAUUGACUUAAGAGAAACAGCCGAAGCCCACCUCACCUGUCGCUGCACUGCUCAAUGCGCAUAAUCUCACUGCCUUCACUAAAAUGAUGCUUCAUACAAGUAUUUGUUAUUAACAUGUUUGAUGAGCAAAUGUAAAGAUUGCAUAAGAAUGUGUUAAAAUGCUUGUAAAGUAUUUACAAUGGCAGUUAAUAAAUGUCAAUAAAGCAAAC